AUGCCCUCAGGUUUGCCUGAAUCCAUUGUUGCCGCAGCGUGUGCCAGAAGUGGCCAGAGAGUUCUUCACGUGGAUUCGAGAAAUUACUAUGGUGGAAACUGGGCCAGCUUUAGUUUUUCAGGGUUAUUAUCCUGGAUUAAAGAAAAUCAGCAAAAGACGGAUCUCGGUGAUGAAUGUGAAGACUGGAAAAAACUGAUCCUUGAGGGUGAAGAAGCCAUUCCUCUGAGCAGGAAGGAUAAAACUAUUCAACAUGUAGAAGAUUUCUGUUUUGGAGAUCAGGAUUCAGCUGAAGGUGUUGAAGAAGCUGGUGCACUGCCAAAGCUGCCUGUCCUUGGAGCCUCUGGUGCCAAGGGAGUUUCUCUGGAAUCAGAGAAAGAGUGUCCAGCAGUGGAGAGCCCCUGCCCAGAGCUGGAGAGCCGGGAGCCAGAGCUGGCCACGGGCACAGAGCCAGAGGGUGCCACGGAAGGGAAUGGGGCAGGAACCACCUCUGGGACUGAAAGUUCUCCUGGAGAGUCCACUCUGGAAGUGGGACAGACAGAAGCUGCACCCUCAGAAACUCCCACCCAAGAACCAAAGAAAAUUACCUAUUCCCAAAUUGUCCGAGAAGGCAGAAGGUUUAAUAUCGAUUUAGUUUCCAAGUUGCUUUUCUCCCGGGGUCUGUUAAUUGACCUUCUCAUUAAGUCCAACGUGAGCAGAUACGCCGAGUUCAAGAAUGCCACGCGAAUUCUGGCCUUCCGGGAAGGGAAGGUGGAACAGGUGCCUUGUUCUAGAGCAGAUGUGUUCAACAGCAGACAGCUCACCAUGGUGGAGAAGAGAAUGCUAAUGAAAUUCCUGACAUUUUGUUUGGACUAUGAACAGCACCCUGAGGAAUACCAAGACCACGAGAGCAGCACGUUUGCUCAGUUCUUGCAGACAAGGAAGUUGACCCCCAGCUUGCAGCACUUCAUCCUUCACUCCAUUGCAAUGGUUUCAGAGACUGAGAGCAGGACUCUGGAAGGUCUUCAGGCAACAAAAAAAUUCCUGCAGUGCCUUGGCCGCUACGGCAAUACCCCGUUUUUGUUCCCUCUCUACGGGCAAGGGGAGAUCCCACAGUGCUUCUGCAGGCUGUGUGCUGUGUUUGGGGGAAUCUACUGCCUUCGCCACCCCGUGCGGUGCCUGGUGGUGGACAAAGCCUCUGGCAGAUGCAAAGCUAUUGUGGAUCAUUUUGGACAAAGAAUAAGUGCCAACUAUUUUAUUGUGGAAGACAGUUACCUGUCAGAGAGCACAUGCACAAAUGUGUGUUACAGGCAGAUCUCCAGAGCAGUGCUCAUUACAGAUCAGUCUGUACUAAACACAGAUCCAGAGCAGCAGGUUUCCAUUCUGACAGUGCCUCCCGUGGAACUGGGCAAACCAGCAGUUUGUGUCAUCGAGUUGUGCUCCUCAACCAUGACCUGCAUGAAGGACACCUAUUUAGUCCAUUUAACCUGUCCAUCAACUCAAACAGCAAGGGAAGAUUUAGAGCCUGUUGUACAGAAGUUAUUCAAUGUAAAUGCAGAAAAAGAGACUGAAAAUGAAGAACUGGAGAAACCUAGAGUCCUCUGGGCAGUCUACUUCAACAUGAGAGAUUCUUCAGGAGUUGAGAAAAAUUCCUAUUCUGGCUUACCCCCAAACGUUUAUGUCUGUUCUGGGCCAGACUCUGCUUUAGGAAAUGACUGUGCUGUCAAACAGGCCGAGACCAUUUUCAAAGAAAUGUUUCCAACAGAGGAAUUCUGCCCCCCACCACCCAGUCCAGAAGAUAUUAUUUAUGAUGAAGAUGAGAUUGAGCCAGAAGAGUCUGGAUUGAGUAAUCCAGCAGAGACAAAACCUGAACCCUCAGCUGAGGGGAGCAGUGAUGGAGGAACUGCUGCUGUUACAAAGGAAGAAUGAAUGAAUGAGCGAAUGAAUGAAUGAAUGAAUGAAUGAAUGAGUGAACAGUGUUCUCUUAGUAGAAGAGGAGAUUGACCCAAACCAGAACAUAAGGGAGUAAGACUAAGAAAAAGAGGUUUAAAACCCCCAGAGCCCUGGUAUUUGCUAUGGCUUUACUUCCCUUCAGCUUGAAUCAUCUUUGUCAAGUAGUUUCAUUGAUAUGAGACAUUCAUAGAUCCACCAGAUCCAGCAGGGUUUGUAGCUGAACAAAAAAUCCAGAACAAAUUUGAAUUUCAAGUGCUAAAAUAGGAUUUAUCGAGAGAAUUUGGUUUUGUUUUACAUUUUUUGAAGGAAUCCUCCAUCUUCUAAACAGGCAACAAGUCAACAUUAAGCAAAAGGAAAAAAGUGCAAGCUUCCUAUCAGUGUGAUGAUCUUCUGCUAAGAAUCCCUGGAUCUGUGCUGAUUAAACAAGUGAGGGUGAGGCUCACAACCUGUCCUUCAGUGCUCUUAUGAAUGGAACUGGAAGGCAAUAAUAGUGACAGUUCUGGAGUGGCUUUCUUGUAUGGUUUUGAAACCAAUGCCAUAAUUUAGAAGCAAAUAUAAUCCAAAAGAUGCUCCUCACAUGGAACAAUUUUACAUUCAGGGUUUUUUUAAUAAGAUCUAAUAGAUCACACAUUUUCAGUAGUGAAUUAAUUUACUGUAGUCAGGAAAAUAACGCAAUUUAAACCUAAUGCCAGAUUUCCCAACAAAAUUCCUCAUCUUAAGUGGAGCAUACCUGUGUUGGUUUCCCUGGAUUUGUUGCAGUGAUUGGGUCUUUAGUAAACCAGUAGUUAAUAUUUUGAAAUAGGGGCUCUGAGAAGUUUAGGUGAUCAUCAGUUGAGGGAUUUUGUGGUGGUGGAGAGAAGUUUCAGCAGAUAAUUCCAAAGGUUUGUGUUGAUCUCAAAUAAUAGGAUUAAAAUUAGUGUGAUAGCUGUAAACUAUGCAUUUUGUAAUGAUAAAUCAUGAAGCAUUUAUACAAUAAAAUGUAUUGAAGUAUUUAUAAACCUAGUUUGUAUGAGAAAAAUAUAAAAUGAGAAAGCUCUUGUAAAUGACCAUAUUAAACUUGCACUUCUUCUGAGCAAUGCUUGAAAUCAGAUAUUCAGAUGAUAAAAAGUAUUUAUCAUGUACUUAAAGAUUUACCUUAAAAUGUGCACCCAGUAGAUCAGUGAGUUUUGAUGAGUUGGGGGGGUUUAAACUUCUACCUGAACGUGAUACAGUUCCAGCAGUGCUUAAAUACUGUAAGUAAAUAAAAAAUGCCAUGGAAUGAUGACUAUUCAGCACUGCCUGGACGUGCCACAGCCAGGUCUGUACAGUUCCCUGGUGCCCGUGCCUGCCUUGAAAGUGGCUCCAGGCCAGAAAGGUUAUUUAUUUAUUUUUUUACAACACAACUGUUACCUUCACUUUGUCCUGCAUUAUCUACCCUGUCCAGUUUAGUUCAGAACCUGGGUUGUUCGUGUUUGCAUCCUUUGUUUACAGGAUAGCUCUGUGUGUAUGUACCUGAAUCCCAAAGUCCUCAGAAAAUCCGUGGCUGAAAUGUUUCCAGUAUUAAAUAACUGUAACCUUUGGAUGCUUGUGAUUGAGCAGUUAUUUAUAUCUAGUAAUCAACAGGCUGCCUCUUCAUUUAGCUGCAAUUCCUAUGUGUAUUGGAAAGCAUGAGUGUCUGGUGAUUGUAGUUAACAUCCACAGAUCUGUAAAAGAACUAAGUGCAGGACUACUCCCUGUUUGUCUCUCAAAAACAGGGAUCAUAGGAUUUCUCAUCUUCUGUGUUUACAAGGAAGUCGUUUGAUGAAAAUUAAAGGUUUGCUUGCAAGUGCA